AGUUUAGUUAGGCUAUAUAUCCAUUUGUUGACACGCUUGAAACUGGAAAUACGCCAAUAAUGACGUUUGAUUUAAUGACAUUUAUAUGACAUAUAGCCUAGCCUACUACAUUAAUGUGCAAAAAAUAAUCUCAAUUUAGGCACUAAAGUCAUUUAAAAGGGUUUUAUUUAUUUUAAAAUAUCAACAUUGACUUGUUUUCUUACUAUUCUUUCGAAUGCAUUUUAGAUCGCAUGAUCGCAUGAUUACAAAAAGUUAGCGGUUUCUUUCAAAUGAAGCGCUUUGAUUUUCAAAAGGGUUUGGGGUUGUCAUGGUAGAUCAUUGAUCGAUAUUGCGUCCACGAGGUGUGUUUCAUGAGGUGAUUACACCACAUGAAACACAUGAGACAUAAACGAGUGACUUGGAGCAUGUUCAAACCCUCGUGUCGUUCCAAGUUUCUUUCUUCAACAAAAAAGGCUGAAUUUUGAGGAAUGACAUACACCUUGUUUACAUACGACGGAUUGAAUAAUCAUCUGCUUUUGGUUCGACAGAAGAAAUGUAGUCGUCUGGGGUUUGAAAAACGGUGAUAUGACAAGUUUCAUUUCUGUUCUAUGCCACGUGACCAAACGAACCCACUCUGGAUUUUACUGUCAAAUUCCAAAAACGGUCUUGAACAAAAUGCAUGGAUUCUCAAAGGCUGACACAAUGAUGAAAGAAUGUGUGUGCAUGCUGGUGUCGUUCAGAGGAUAGUGCCAAUGCUACUGAAAAUUUUUUAUCUUAAGGCCUCAAAGCAUUGCAAAGAAUGAGAAGAUUGUGGAAUUGCCUCAAACUGAGACAUAUGAUAUUUAUCGUUUUAACGCUGGCACUUCUUAUAUGUUGCUUCAGAAUCACAAUAGUAAAUGAAGGAGAACAGGAAACAGGACAGUCUGAGAGGCCGCGGCUGACAGUGCGAUAUAACAUUAAUUGCACAGCAAUAUAUGAAAUGGAACCAGUGGAAUUGGGCAAAACUUUAGAAAUUCGCAAGCAAAAAAGCUACAUAGGGCCUACCGAUGAGGCUGUUGUGAAUGCCACCUCUGACUGUGAUCAGUUUGUUAUGUCAAGGGGCUAUGAUAAGAUUCAAGGCUCUGACUUUGAGCGUGAAUUUCCCCUUGCUUUUUCUUUGGUCGUUCACCAGGAUGCGGCUCUUGUGGAGAGGUUGCUAAGGGCCAUUUAUAUGCCGCAUAACAUAUACUGCAUACAUUAUGAUCUGAAGUCCUCAGAUGACUUUAUUUCAGCAAUGAAAGGUCUGGCCCGCUGCAUCCCCAACGUCUUCAUUGCCUCAAAAUUGGAGAGGGUGCAGUACGCAGGAAUCUCACGACUCAAGGCGGAUCUUAAUUGCUUGUCUGACCUCCUAUAUUCUGAGGUCAAAUGGAAGUAUGUCAUCAACCUCUGUGGUCAGGACUUUCCACUGCGGGCAAAUGCUGAGCUGGUGUCAGAUCUAAAAGAGCUGAAAGGCAGGAACAUGGUGGAGAGCAAGAAGCCUGGAGGAAAGACAGGUCGCUGGAGUGUUCAUUAUUUACUAAAAGAUAAUAACUCACAGUAUUAUGAGUCUCCUGUAAGCACCCCUGAGAUGAAAUCUCCACCUCCUCACAACAUAGAAAUGUUUGUGGGCAGCGCAUACUUCACGCUUUCAAGAGAAUUUGUGGUUAUUGUUCACCAGAGUUCGCUAGUCAGGGAUUUCUUGACUUGGUGUGAGGAUACAUACUCACCUGAUGAACAUUUCUGGGCAACUCUGAUUCGUGUGCCUGGAGUACCAGGGGAAGUACCAAGAUCGGAUCCUGAGAUCUCAGAACUGAUCAGUAAAACCCGCCUGGUGAAGUGGUCAUAUCUAGAAACGAUUCUUUAUCCACCAUGCACUGGAGUCAGUAUACGUUCUGUAUGUAUUUAUGGUGCUGCUGAGCUCAGAUGGCUGCUAAACUACGGCCACUGGUUUGCUAACAAAGUCGAUCCAAAAGUGGAUCCUGUUCUUACAGAAUGUUUAGAAGAGAUACUUUCAGAAAAACAGCCAAAAUUGCAGUGAGAAGGACAUAUUUUUCAGGAUUUGUAUAACUUACUUUGAAAAUGCACUUGUUUUGAAUGUACUGUAUGUAUAUUUGUGUGAUUCAGUCAGCACGAAGUGCAAUCCUUAGUUUUAGGGUUUGAAAGGCAUUUGAGCAAAGUUAUGAAUGAAUAGUUCACAAAAAGAAAAAUAACAAAUUAGAUUAAUAUGUAUUGAUUUCCAGGCUAUCCAAUAUGUAAAUGAGUUUGUUUCUUCAUCCAAACAAAUUUGGAGAAAUUUGGCAUCACAUUACUUGGCCACCAAUGGAUCCACUUCAGUAAAUGGGUGCCGUCGGAAUGAGAGUUCAAAAAGCUGAUAAACACAUCACAAUAAUAUACAAAUAAUUCACAUAACUCCAGUCCAUCAGUUAAAUUCUUUUGAAGUGAAAAGCUAUGUGCUUAUGAGACAUUAAAUCCAUCAUUAAGGCAUUUAAAUCUUGAAAAAUAAGAGUCUGUAAUGCAUAGAUGCGUCCUCUAGUGAAAAAAAUCCAUCCUUUGUUGACUUCCCACAUCAAAUCCACUGUCAUAUUUGUUUAGAGCUGUUUUAAACUUGCAGGAGGAUGGCCUGAGAGUGAGUACAUUUUCGGCAAAUAUAUAUAUAAAUAUAUAUUCUAAUUUAUUUAGGCUCAGAGAAAUGACUUAAAGAAACUCGAACAACAAUUCACUGGAAAUGAAUUUGCAUGUGUUCUCUGGUUAGUCUUUGGUCAGAAUCACGAGUAAACACAACCCCAAAAAAGAACUAGACACCAUUUGCAUGUUGCAAUUUCUCCACUUGCGGGCUGGUUUUGAAGGCUUGUAAGAAUGCAGCAGACUUCCUUUGAUCUGACACACACCACUGGUGCUAUACCAAUCCAAAUACCUAAAUAAUUCCUUUAACAUUUAAAAAGAGUGCUCAACUAUCAUUUGACUGCUGCCAUAUAUAUAUUUGAUGUUAGUGAGUGAGUCCCAGGUUUUGAGGAAAAACCACAGACAAUCUCUUGUGAAUUUACCUCUGAGCAUUGAACUCUUUUUGUUGAUUUUAUCAGAAUGUAAAUACUGAAGAAUUUAAUCUUGUAGACUAUAUACAUAUAUAUAUA